UGUGAGCCCGUCAUUAGCGAAUUGCCAUAUAAAAUAUAUGCCUUUGAAUUUACAAGGCCUGUUAAUAAUGAGCUACGUGGCAGCGCUCGCGGUAUCAUAUCUUUUGCUGGCUUUAGGGCAUUUGGACAUCUAUGACUACCAGUCUGUUAUGUGUGGUUUCUGUGGAUUUACACUGUACUAUACGUUGAUGGCCAGUUUCUUUUGGUUGAACAUCAUUUCUUUCGACAUUUACUGGAGGUUACGCAGAAAUCGAGAAUGUGGGAGUGAACGGAGAAAGUUUGUGUAUUAUUCUCUGUACGCUUGGGGUAUACCGCUGUUAUUUCUUUUGAUGAUACUUCUCUUCGAUCAUACGGAGCUGAUAAGCUACGAACUACGACCGAAUAUUGGUGAGGAAGGAUGUUUCCUCAAGGAGGACAAGCUGGUUCAAUUUCUAUACUUGUACCUGCCGCUGAUGGUAGUUAUCAGUGCGAACAUAUACUUUUUCGCUAUCACCGCCAAACGUGUAUACCAGACUGAGCAGGCAAACGAUAGUAUGUUGAAUGGUAAUUUGAGGCACGACGUAAACUCUGAAAAGGAUCGAAACAGAUUCGGACUAUAUCUGCGCUGGUUCAUCGUCACAAGUGUGGCCUGGUCACUAGAAAUAGUGAGCUGGCUACUGACUGAACCGGGAACCUCUCCGUCUUGGGUGAUUUACCUUCUGGACGUUUGCAACUGCCUUGCGGCCAUAGUAAUCUUUUUCCUGUUCGUCUGGAAGCAAAGGGUAAAGAAGCUGUUGCUUCAGCGCUUCAACUGUAGCCUCAGCUCGCACAACUUAUACAGAAGCCACUCAAUGAGCAGCAUCGUAUCGAGUUAUGUUGCAGAAGGGAAUCGCCUAGCACUAACGACAAUAGAGUCCACAGAUGCGACUCAUGACACCAUAUCAAGAGGAAAUGCGCCAUGAGGAUAGUUAAAAUUUAGAGAAAUGAUGUUCAAUUACUUUUCUGCAUAAAACACUAUAAUUGUUCAAAGAAAAGUCUCCUCGCGUUUUGAUGUAAAAUUCGAUGCAGUAUUCAGAAGGCUUUACUUAUGCUUGGUCUAUUAGCAUAAUAUCAUUUAUUUAUUUUUACUACAUACAACAUACUAGAAGGAGUCAGGAACCACCAGCAGCGAACAUAAAAAUCCGAGCACGAGUUUCCUUGGAAUUUCUAAAUUUGGAAUGAUUUGCUUGCUCUUCCACACUCGUGAAAAGCGCAGCAUAGCUCGUGAGAAGCGCAGCAUAUCUCGUGAGAAUCUAACCAAUUCAAAUCGGCCGUUUUUCGAAGCAAAACACAAGAAGACGCGUAAACAAUGUAUCGAAAACAAGACUUGAAGCAUAGAAAUACAUAAUAAUGUACAAGACACUAUAACU